GAGAGAGAGAGAGAGAGAGAGAGAGAGAGAGGAGUAUAUAAAGGGUCAGAUCAGGCGACAGGUGUGUAUUACAGGUGAUGCACAGCUCAAACCUCACUAUCAAGCUCUUGUUCAGCAGUCAUAGGCUUGUCCACGUUUCUAUUGCAACACAUUAAUAGUCGACUCACUCACUGGAACUACAUUGAGAUGUUGGCCCUUGAAACCGUUCAAUACUUCCAAGACCUGGGCCCUAGAGAGGCGUUGUCAGGGAACCUGGACCUCGACAUGAUUGAGGAAUACCUGCAGGAGCACUCGGUGGAGGUGAUGUCAGCGCCGUGUGUCCAGAGGAGAAACCAAGAGGAGCACAGUAUGGCAGAGAACAGCUGGUCUGGUCGUUAUGCAUAUGAAUGGCAUUAUAGUGCAGUACCAGGAACAGAUGAGACUCAUGAACAACAGCCUCAGCAGCAGCAGACGUGGCUCUCUCAGUCAAGUCACAACGAGUGGGGACACUGCCAGUAUGACAGAAACCAAUGCAGUGAUUCAGAUUCGCUGUCCACCAGUUCUGGAUGCCUAGACUUUCCCCCAUCUCCGACCUCUGACAGGAAGAUUGUGUAUGACUCUAUGGCACUAGCGCCGCUCUCAGGUAAAAGGAAAGAGCGCCUGUUCCAGUUCUUAUAUGAGAUGCUACAGACACCAGACAUGCGGAGCUGCAUUUGGUGGGUUCAGUCUAACAGCGGCACGUUCCAGUUCUCCUCCCAGAACAAGGAAAAGCUGGCAGAGAUGUGGGGCAGACGCAAGGGCAACCGGAAAACCAUGACGUACCAGAAAAUGGCCCGUGCCCUGCGAAACUAUUCGCGAACAGGAGAGAUCUGCAAAGUGAAGCGUAAACUUACCUAUCAGUUCACUGAGAGAACACUGAGAGGCCUUCAGAACAACUCGCAGAGACUCAUGGGUAGUUAAUGUGCUCCAUCCACCAAGACUUUCUCCUAGCUGGGAAAGAGUAAAUAAAUACUGAGUAUUUUACACAGGAUGGUUUUGCCUUUUUAAUGUUCAUAAUGUAAUGUGGACUUAAAACACUGAUUUUCUACUAUUAUUUGGCUUAAUUGAGGCUCAAUUGAACUUGGGAAUUUGUAUGUACACUAACAUUGAAUAACAUGGAAUUCUAUGAAGUUGAUCUUUGAAAUAUGUAAAUCUGAGGAUUGUUAACCAUUACACUGCGUUAUAUGUAGUUAUGAAUCCGUUUUUUAUAUAUAAAAUAUGUGCCAAUUUUUGUGCUAAUUUUUAAUGCCAUUAAAU